CCUUCUCUCACUUACCACUCUCUCUCCUCACUCCUCAGUUUCCCAUUGUAACUGUAAGUCUCCCUCUCUCUCUCUCUCUCUCUCUCUAGAUACUCUACCUCCCCUCUAUAUAAUCAUCACGAUGACGGUCUUGAGGUCUAGAAAGAUACUCUCGCCGCCGCCGCCCAAAAUCCCAAAGAUGAAGGCGCCGAUUGAACCCACGACCCCCGCCAAAACCCUAGAGCUCUCGAGCCUUGGCUCGAUCGCUUCGACCCCUGCCCACCGAGGGUUAGGUUCCGAUUCAGCCUCUGUACUUCCACCUUCUAGACGGAGUCUCCGCCUCGUUUCCGUUCAGAACGUGGACGAAGUUAACCCUAGAAGUGUUACUGUCUCUAACCGUAAAAGAAAGGUUGUAGUAGUUGCUGCAAAUUCGGUGGAGGAUACGAGUGAGUGUGGAUUAAUGGCGAAUGUAGUAGGGAUUGAUGAAAAGCCUAGGGUUACUGAUGUUGGAGUUAUGAAGGUAAGGGUUUCUGAUAGGGUUUGGAACGGGAAUAUGGUUAAGGGAGAUUUGGAUUUCGAGACUGGGUACAGAAGGGAUGAAGUCGUUAUGGUAGACGAGGUUACGAUGGGUGUUAUCGGGUCAACUAGUGAUUUGAAAAGUUUUAGAGAGGUUAGAGGAAACGGGGUGAGUGAUGAAAAGGGGGAAGGGGAGAGGAAAUUAGGUAAUGUGGGUGGUUUAAGGACUUUGGAGUUGGUGAACGAGGAUUGUUCAGACAAGGGAAUCCUCAGGUUGCGAUCGGGGAAGAAAGUUACUAAAAGGAUAGUGGAGGGAAGUGUGGGAUUCAAGAACGUAGGAAUUGAUGAAGAGCCUAGGGUUUCUGAUAUUCGAGGGAAGAAGGUUAGGGUUUCUGAUAUUCUAGGGAAGAAGGUUAGGGUUUCGGAUAGGGUUGGAAUGAGGAGUAUAGUCGCGGGAGAGUUGGAUUUGGAGACUGAGGAGGGAAGGGAGGAAGUUGUGACUAAGGUAGACGAGGUUAUGAAGAGUGAAAUUGGGUCAACUUGUGUUAGAGGAAAUGGAGUGAGUGAUGAAAAGGGGGAAGGGAAGCGGAAAUUGGGUAAUGUGGUUGAUUUAAGGAAUUUGGAGUUGGUUAACGAGGAUUGUUCUGAUAAGGGAAUCCUCAGUUUGCGUUCAGGGAAGAAAGUUACUAAAAGGAUACUGGAGGGAAGUGGUGGUGAUGUUGGGAAGUUAGUUCAUGUCAAUAAUUGGGAGGGUGGUAUGGUGAAUAAGUCAGAGGGAUACCUGGGAGUUGUGUUGGAUAAUGUGGAAGUGAAAUUGGGUUGCAAAGUAGAGAUACCAGUUGGUAUUGGAUUGGACAAAGAUCACAUUGGUGAUGAUAAUGGUUCUGGCACUGACGCUCGACAGAGACUCGGCAGGGAAAAAAAAGGGAAGGGAAAAGUGUUCAAUGAUGAUUUGGCACCAAGUCAAAAUGAUGUUUUAGGUCCUGCUGAUUUGGCAGAAAAUAUUGAUGUGAAAGAAGAGAAAGAAUCAACUGCUGAUAGGGAUCCUGCUGUUAAGUCCAGACGUAGGCUCAGUAGGCAAGAAAAGGGGAAGGGGAAAGUAGUUGAGGAUGGGUUGUUGUCAAAUGGUAUUCCGGUGGUUGACUUGGAACUGGAACCUAACAUGGGAGAAUCAACUAAAAUUGCAGUUUCGGGUACGCACUCUUUGGUGGAUGAUGUAUCAAUUAUGGAUGGACAACAAGUGGCAGAGACUAAUAUAAGGGCAAACGUCAUGCAAGGAAGGGAUCCCAAGGCACGAUUCCGGGAUAUAGCCAAGAAAAAUGCAUCACGAUUUGCUCAUUUCUCUUCCAAAGAGGUAGAGGGAAACGGUUCCAUUGAUGAGGUUGAUAGGGAAAUGCCUGGAAUGGAAGCAGAGUGGGACAGUGAAGACUGGCCUGGUCCUUUUUCUACUGCUAUGAAGAUUAUUAGGGACCGGGAAAUGAAUAUGAACGUGCUACAGCAGAACUCCUGUUUGGAUAAAAGCAAACCUGCAUCUAUGGUGUGGGUUCCCAAGAAGGAUCAUAAUCCUGACCGCCCAAAGAUAUUGAUCCCCUCACUUCAAGACUUAUGCUUGGCGAUUCUCGCUAAAAAUGCCGAUGCAAUCACUUCACUUGAUAGUGUCCCUGAUAUGCUGAGACACAAGCUUAGUAAGAUGCUUUGUGAUUCUCGGAAAAUGAAUGGUCAUUUCCUUGACCUGCUUGUACACGGAUCACCUACAGAGAUUAGGAUACGCGAGUGUUCAUGUUUGACUGAGGAACAGCUAAUGAGUGCUUUUGAAGGGUGCGAACCCAGUAAAUUGACGGUGCUGCAACUGGACCUAUGCGGACGCUGUAUGCCUGACUACAUUCUGAAAGCCACCUUAGCUCGCUCACCAAAUAGCCUUCCUGCAUUAACUACUAUUUCAUUGAAUGGUGCAUACCGUCUUUUGGAUGCUGGGUUAAGUGCACUAGUCAUGUCUGCACCUGCUUUAAGAUCUAUAAGUCUCAGCCAGUGUUCCCUUCUCACCUCUGAUGGAAUCAAAAUCAUAGCUGAUUCAUUGGGAUCUGUUCUGAGAGAGUUGUACCUUGAUAAUUGCGAAAAUAUAGAUGCGGUGCUUAUUCUACCUGCAUUGUUGAAGCUAGAGCAUCUGGAAGUACUUUCGCUAGCUGGGAUUGAAACUGUUUGUGAUGAUUUUCUUGAUAAAUUUGUUGCGGUGCGUGGUCACCAUAUCAAGGAGCUUGUUUUGACUGACUGCAAGAAAUUGACCGAUGCUUCCUCGAAAGUUAUUGCAGACAAUUGUAAAGGGUUAUGUGCUCUCGACCUUGGUAACUUGCACAGACUGACGGAUUCCACAAUGGGAUAUCUGGCAAAUGGUUGUCGGGCAAUUCAAUCAUUAAAACUCUGCCGGAAUUCGUUCAGUGACGAAGCCAUUGCUGCAUACCUUGAAGCAUCUGGGGAGGCUUUGGAAGAUUUGUCACUCUAUCGUAUUAACAAGGUCAGUUACAACACUGCUGUAUCACUUGCCAGAUGUUCGGCUAAGUUGCUUAGCUUGGAUUUAUCAGGGUGUCGUAAUCUGCCAGACGAGGCUCUAGGAUUGAUAGUGGAUAGCUGCUUAUCGCUGAAAGUGCUCAAAUUGUUUGGAUGUACUCAGAUAACCAACGUAUUUCUGGAUGGUCACUCAAAUCCUCAUGUGCGGAUCAUCGGAUUGGAGACCCCGAUAUUAGAAAAUCUCAAGGUGCCUGAUUUUCUAGGUGGACCAUUGCAUUAUUCUUCUGUACGCUCUUGAGUGACACGGAUUUUGGCCUUGUGUUUGUCAUUCCACGCAGAAUAGUGCUAAAUUCCUCAUUUUGUGAAGACCUAUCUAAGUCUAGUGUAUUCCCUCUUUUUUGUAAUGGGAAAAUGCAAACCUUGCAAAAUGCAAAACUGAUGUUAUGUGUUUUGUUCAGCUGGGCACUUUUGAUAUUUCGGUGGCAGUGGCACAGCAGCUUUUUGGAUAGUGCUCAUGUAACAUUUUGUUUUGUAAUGGAUAAUUACUCGAAAUUAUGGACCAUUAUUUUCAACUUAUGCAAAGAUUCAGAAA